AUGAAUGGAAAGGUGUCAAGACUUGAUGAAGACGAAGAACUUGGUGGCAUGGGUUUUGAUGAACACCAGACAGUGAAGUUGAAGGAAGGGCAACAUGUCUCAGCGGAAAGGGAAAGAGAAAUACAACAGGUAUUGGGGUCAGUGAAUGACCUUGCACAGAUAAUGAAAGACUUAUCAGCUCUUGUGAUUGACCAGGGCACAAUAGUUGAUCGUAUAGACUACAAUAUCCAAAAUGUUUCUACAUCGGUUGAAGAAGGCUAUAAGCAACUACAAAAGGCGGAGAGAACACAAAGAGAAGGAGCAAUGGUGAAAUGUGCGACGAUACUGCUUAUACUUUGCAUCAUAAUGAUUGUCCUUUUAAUUCUCAAGAAUGUAUUGUUUUAG